AUCCUGCCAGAUGCGGAGCCCGAAGCGCUUCUUUGCAAGCCCGUCGCCGGAGCCACAGUCCGAGACCGGUGACCAUGCCCGGCUCGGUCUGCCCAAGUCGCGCUUCACCUUCCGCCACCUGUCCCAGCUCGCGGCCUCCAGCGUCACGUGCCCACUCCGCGUUAUCGCCCACAUUGACCUUGAUGCUUUCUAUGCUCAAUGCGAAACCGUGCGUCUGGGCAUCCCUGAGGACAAACCAUUGGCGGUCCAACAAUGGCAAGGGUUGAUCGCGGUCAACUACCCAGCGAGGAAGUUUGGCAUCAAUCGCCACUGUCCCAUCGACGAGGCACGGAAACUGUGCCCGGAGCUGAUUUGCCAGCAUGUUGCAACUUGGCGCGAGGGCGACGACAAGUGGGCGUAUCGCGACGAUGCUGCCGCAAACAUUGGCACCGACAAGGUGUCGCUGGACCCCUACCGGCUGCAGUCUCGCAGGAUUUUGGCCUUGAUCAAGGAGUGCCUGCCUCCAACUCAGUGCAAGGUUGAAAAGGCGAGCGUUGACGAGGUGUUUAUCGAUCUCUCGGCCAACGUGCAUACAGUCCUCCUCGAGAGAUUCCCUGAGCUCGCGGCAACCGCUCCGCGGCAGGACCCAUUUGAAAACCUGCCACCGCCUUCAUCCACUGUCCUAGACUGGCAGUCCGACAACCUCGUUGACCUGGAUGAGGUCGAGGCCGAGACUGACGACCCGGAUUGGGACGACGUCGUGCUGCUUCUUGCCUCUGAGAUUGUCCGCAACAUCCGCCUGGCCGUCCGUGAACGCCUAGGCUACACGUGUUCUGCUGGAGUCGCUAGCAACAAGCUGUUGAGCAAGCUUGGCUCGGCCCAUCGCAAGCCAAAUCAACAAACAGUCAUCCGAAACCGUUCGGUACAUCACUUCCUUUCGGAUCUCAAGUUCACCAAAAUUCGCAACCUUGGUGGCAAGCUCGGCGAACAGGUCGUCGAGGCCUUCGGUAGCGAUUCUGUCUCAGAGUUGCUUGCCGCUCCCCUUGAGUUGCUCAAGGCAAAACUCGGCGCCGAAAGUGGCACGUGGGUUUACCAUAUAAUACGGGGCGACGAUGCUGGUGAGCCUGUCAAUUCGCGCACACAAAUCAAGUCAAUGUUAUCGGCAAAAUCCUUCCGCCCAAGCAUCAACAGGCCUGAGCAGGCGGCUAGCUGGCUGCGAAUAUUUGCUGCAGACAUCUUUGCCCGCCUUAUCGAAGAGGGAGUUCUGGAGAACAAGCGCCGGCCGCGGACCAUGAAUCUACAUCACCGAAAUGUGGGACAGACACGCUCACGCUCGUGCCAAAUCCCGCAAGGCAAGGCCCUGGACGAGCAAGUGCUAUAUGAGCUCGCACAGACUCUGCUGCGCCAAAUCGUGGCCGAGGCCGGUAGUGAGAGGGCCUGGUCCUGCGACAACCUCAGCCUUCAAGUGGCAGGGUUCGAGGAUGGUAUUACGGGCAAUAUGGGAAUCGGUGGGUUUCUGGUCAAGGGCGAGGAGGCCCAGGCACUCAGGUCCACAGCUCGUGAAGGGAACGCCAUCGCAAGUGCACCAGCUAGAGCACGGGCCGAUGCUGCCGCCGGCCAGGCAUUACCUGGAGCCAAACGGCGGAGGGUCAACGAUGGCGGCAUCCAGCGAUUCUUUGCCAAAGGAAGUGCGCCGAACACUGGCGCCAACCUUAGAAACGACGAGGGAGGGAGCGCCCAGACCGCCUGCAGCCAGCACCGACAGCCAUCCUCCCUCUCAUCUGGGACAGCAGCAGACAGGGACUCUGCAGUCGGUGCAGAGCCGAUCGAGGAAGUCGGCAGAAACCAACGGGUACAUGGCGAGGACGCACCUGACACAUAUCCCACGGUACCACAGGAGGCGGGCCGCCAAACAUGCCCACCAGAAGGAGCGGCCUGUCGCAUCUCGUCAAACCGGAAAUCACCAGACCAGGUUGUUACAGCCAUUCGAGAAGACGCCAGGCAAUGGCCUCAUGAUAACGACCUCCGGAUACCAGCCAUGAAUGACGCCGAUGGGGAUCAAAGCAACUGCCCUCGCUGCGGCCUCUCGUUUGACGACGGCCGGACCGGCGGCCUGCUGCUGCAGGACCAUCUCGAUCAUCACCUCGCCGAAGACCUCCAGGAGGAGGAGGAGCAACGUGGCGUUUCCGUAUUUGCCCGACGGCAACAGGCUGUGGUGCCUCGUACGCCCGGUAGCAGCGGCAGAGGUGCUGGCCGCGCUGGUGCCUCCAGAGGAGGUUCCAGGGGCAGAAGGGGCGGACAUGCGUCGGCGUCUUCGGGUUCUUCUUCGUCGAGGAGGCCCAAGGCGGCGGCCCUGGAUCCGGGCCAGAGCCGAUUGAACUUUGGGUAAAAGCGAACACCCGCUUGACCACUCGGAAACGAGGGCA